CAGUCGACCAGUCAUCGUGCACCUGCCUCGUGCAUCGGUUACUCGAAAAUCGGCCUAUAUAAGACCGAGGUAGACGGUCAGAAGGUACCAAUCCAUCGCCAUGGCCCGCCUCAGCAUCGCAGUCCUCACCCUCUUCGCCGUCGCCGCGGUUGUUUCCGCUGGCGCUCCCCCACCACCCCCCAAGGGUCACGCUGGACCCCAUGGCCACGUUGGACCGAAGGGUCCCGCUGGACCUAAGGGCAAGGGUCCAGCCCCCGCAGGAGGUCAUCUGAAGGCUUGGCUGCACCAGAAGGAGGCCCAGCUCAAGCAGUGGGCUGGUCAGGAGAAGGCGAAGCUCCAGGGUGAGUGGAAGGAGAAGGUCGUUCCCCACAUCCACGAUCUGACCAAGAAGUUCGGCCAGAAGUGGCAGGAGAAGGCUCCCAAGAUCGCCGCCCUCCUCAAGCAGAAGGCAGGAGCUGCCUUUGAUAAGGCUGUCAACUUCGUCAACCAGAAGCUUGCCCCCCAGGGUCAGCCUCCCAAGCUUGGCCAGGGCCAGCACCCCAAGAAGGCUUAAGUAGACAAAUGAAUAAUUUCGCAUCAAAAUAAAGAUCUUGUCUGAAAA